GUCCUAAAUCGGCUCUCUGUUGAUGAGCAGAGUGUUCCAGCUGGUUCAGAUGCUUCAUUGAGAUAAGGGAGUUUUCAUGCGUUUGGGUCGAUGUGGCUGUUAUUCCGAAGUGCGGAACCGGUCGCAAUGACAACCCAAGAUCGCGCUCCAAAUCUCAUCAAUCGAUUGGGAGGCGGGCCACUCCCAACCGGGGAACAGGCUUCAAACCGUCAAUCGCAUUGCCGGUUUCCGCAGACACCGCCAGGUCAAGUGCAAGUGCACCUGUGCCACGAGCAAAUUGGGCACUGGUACGACUUUCGCGCAGUUAUCGCAUCCCAGGGGCCAUAGGACCACUGUUUGGGCGGUUGCAGUUUUAAACCCGCGGACCGAAAGGACAAGCGUCGUUUCGUUGUGUCGCUCAUGAUUGAAUUGAUGGGUUGGGAAAUCUGAGAGUGGCUAUAUGAAACUGCUGAGUUUUGGCAGUGUAGAUGAUGCGGCUGCCGUGCUCCUUCUGUGGGCGGUAACCCUCGCAAUGCUAGGUGAUGGGUAUGGCCGUCUCGCGGUAAAAACCACCGAAACGCCCGGUGAGGCGACAUCACCGCCUGGAUGGAGAGAGUCUUGGUUUUUGACGCCUAAAACACCCAGGUGUUGGGGGUGGAUACAGGAAACCGCCAGUUUCGACCUCGGGAGGGAACGCUUGGGCGAAGCUGACCGCCUCGCAGCAUUGGAGUCCCGCUCCACAUCACCGACGGUGUCAACACCAAAGGGUGGGCAUCACCCUGUCAACCUUGAACCAGUCCAACAGACCUAUCCGGGCUGAUGAAUGGUCAAGAAUGCAGUGGGCUAGCCGUCCUCCUCUGGCUUGGCGGCAGAAGGCAUGUUAUGGCUAUUUGCAUGGAACCAGUGUUUGCCGUUGCGAACUUGCUCUCUGGGGUGUGGUUGUGGGAGCGUUGGGAAGAAGGGGAACGGGUGGCGAAGAUUGGUGGUGAUGGAAUCCAAGUUGGCACUGGAGCUGGGAAGGAGCAACAAGAGGGCGGACGAGCCUGUUGACGCCAGCAUAGGCAGCCUUGUGGACGGGAAGUACGAUUACAACAUACCAUUGCCCAAGUUA